GUACAUAUGUGGUAUAAUAAGGUAUAAUGUAAGAGUAGAUACACAUAAAAGAUAUAACAAUGUUAGAUGAUUAAUAUUUGGUAUUUAAAAAGUUAAAAUAUACAAUAAAAUUUAUUGCUAUCUUGGGAAUGGUUUUCAUCUGUAAUUGACCAUUCCUUCUUUUGAACAAAACUUGUGUGUUUUGUAAAAUAUAACAUAACCCUUUCUAUCAUUAAAAAAGUGGCAAUUAAGAACUACUUUCAAAUACAUUCCAUUGAGCGGGAUGUGUGUUUAUAAUUGUACAAAAAUAAAAGCAUUUAAUUUUUAUUUUUUUACAAAGAUAUUAAAAAUAUAUAUCAUAAAGUAGGUAAAAAGCGUAUCAUAUUUUAAUUGAUCAAAGUAUGCCAAUUUGGACCAUAUUUUCGAAAUUUCUUCGUCGUAAAGUAAUUUUUGGACUUAUUUUUGCUUUUCUACUUACAUAUUGUGUACUUAGUUUAUUUUGUAAUGAGAAAAAGGAACAAACUUUUGGAAAUGAUUUUAAUGACAUAGAUAAUACAAUUACUGGAGGUAGUGAUUAUCUAUUCAAUGUCGAAGAUGGUGAUUAUAACAAAGCAAAAUUUGCUGAUACCCCAUUGUUGUGGCAAAUGAAAGUAUUGAAUGAUAUUGGAAAUGACAACUCUGUAGAGUUAGAAAAUGUUGAAAUAUUGAAUGACAAUGAGACUUCUUCAAAGCCUUGUCGCAACUCAGUUCAAGGAAAGUCAUUAAUUGUGGAUGAAAAAGGUUAUGUGUGUGCUCGACAUAACAUUCUUGCAAAUGGUUGUUGCAAUACAGAAAUAUUCGAGCAAACUGAAAAUCUAUCCAGCUCUGUGCCUUAUUUAACAAAAGCCAGGUAUACAUGUGAAACAUGUAAUAAUCAUGGCUGCUGCGCUAUUUAUGAAUACUGUGUCUCUUGUUGUCUAGAUCCCAAGAAGAUCAAACUAAAGAAAACAUCAAACACUGGACAAUUUGAAAAACAAAAUAUGAAAUUGAAAAAGAUAAGUGACAGUUUGAAAGUACGUCUGCGUAGCCUUGAUCGUUUUCAAAUGUGUCUUGCUGCUUGUCGAACUUCUAGUGCAAGUGUCCAACAUGAAAACACAUAUAAAAAUCCAUAUUCAAAACAUUGUUUUCUUUUACAAUUGCCAAGCAGCCGAUUAUCUCGAAGACAUAAAAGGAAUUCUUUGUCUUUGAAUAAUAAUAAUAAGAAUGAUCUUAGUAUCACUUUUAUAUCUUCUUCUAGAGUAUAAUUAUUACAUUUAUCUCUUAUUCCUACCUAUUUUAUUGUUAAAAUGCUCAUUCCAUAAUUGAAUCAUAGUUUGAAUUUUUUCAUCCUGAAAUUAGCAUACAUUGAGGUAUUUAUUUAGAAAAACAAUUCUUUCGGCGCUACUGUGCUUUUGGAGCUAUAAAAUAAUGUAAAAACUAGUGAACAGUAAUUAUCAGUGUAAAUUAAACCUACUUUAUUCCUCUAAUUUAUUUCUACAUUAAAAAUGAAAGAAAACAAAAUGCCAUUAUAUCAUGAUAUAGAUUAAUUAUAAAACAAUGACGUAUAUCGUUGACUAGUAAACGAGUGGAGGUGUAAAAAUUUAGUCUUUUGUUUUAUUGCUACGUUAGCUUUUCUUAAAAAAUUCAACUAAUAUAAACCUAUAUAAUUACGUUAUAAUUUUUGUUUAAUUGUUGUUACCGAUACAAGUGAUCAUAAUUUAAUUAAUUUUUGAUAAACUUGAUUAUAUAACAAUAUGAAAACAUACAUUUACAUAUGCUUCAAAAUAAAUUUAUUCUAUUUGAAAAUCGAAAAAUUAAUGUUUUUCAUAAUAAUUUCUUUGUGUACGACAUAUUGCUAAACACAAGCAUGUAUGAAAAAAUAAGGUUUUUUAUUUAGAAGCAAGAUUGAAACAAAUAAAAAAAUGCAAUUUGUAUAAUCUUUCAUUGAACUUAAUUCAAUCAUCGCUUUUUUUAUGGAGGUGCAUUUUACCAAUGCAAACUGAGAGCUUUCAUCAACUUGGUUUAUAACAAACUAAUCCCUUAAGUCUACAAACAGAGAAUUAUAAUGAAAACCCGACUGCACCGAGUUGCGUCAUAUUUUCAGCGCAGCAAGUUUAAUAGUGCAUGGUAUAAAAAUUCAAUUCUUAUAUAUUUAUGGGGUUGGUUAUAUGGUUUAUGUUUAUAAUGACAGAAUAAUUUAAGAAGUAUUUUGAACUUUAGUACGUUGAAGAUAUAAAUUCAGGUACAAAUGGAAAAGCAUGCAUACUAUAUAGAAGGUAGUGUAGAUAACUGUUGCUAACAAUAAGUGUCUUACUGUCGACUCAACUCUUACUCCUAAGAUUUUCUCUUUUUUAUGGCUUAUUGCAAAGUGCAAUGCCAAAUCUGCUAAACAGAUGUUGACAAAAAACAACAUGCUUUAAGGUAAUGUUGAACAGGAAACUAUAUCCUGACUACGCGAAAACUCGUAAGCACUUGACACUCGCUCUAUCCAUUCCCUACAUAUUUAUCUCCUAAGAUCGACGGAUUUAUCCUUUUAUGAAAUUUUUUUCAUAAAAAAUAAUCAGUUGAUUUACCUAAAGAAUAGAGAAAGUCCUCCAGUUAGUGACAGCAGCGCAUGUCUCUCUCUCUUUCUUUCUGUAAAUGCGUAAAAAACGAAGAAUAAACCAUAAUAGAUAAAUAUUUAAGAAUCAUUUUCUUUCGGAACGUUCACAUUCCAACAGAAAAUUCCGAAUUCCUGUAAAGACUAGAAAGUUGCAUAUUGAAAUUUCUGUUUACGGUGCAAACUAUGUUUAUGUAAAAAAUAUCUUGCCGAAGGACUAAUGUACAGCCAGUGACGUAUGAAUGGAAGACCGUCGCCUAAACAAAUAAAAGAGUCGUAAAAUUUAUCUACAUCAUCCUGUUAUCAUUUUCUUCAGUUUUUUCGUUAUGUAGUAUCCAAAGCUUAACAUAUAAGAAAAUCAAUGUAAAAAUGUACGAAUUUGAUAAAACAAUAAA